CAGCCUGAACGGAGAUGGGUGGGGCCAGUCUAGCUGCUGCACAGACUGACUGGCUGCUAAGGGCUGCUCCGCGCUUUUGCCAGAGGACAGAGACUGACAUGGAACAGGGGAAGGGCCUGGCUGGCCUCAUCCUGGCUGUCACUCUUCUUCAAGGUACUUUGGUCCAGUCAAACAAAGGAGAACGCUUGCUCACGGUGGAAGACCGUCAAGAAGAUGGUUCAGUACUUCUGACUUGUAAAGUGCAAGACAAAAAUGUCACAUGGUUUAAAGAUGGGAAGAUAAUAAGCUUCCUACCUGCAAGUCAAAAAUCAUGGAAUCUGGGAAGUAAUACCAAGGACCCUCGAGGGAUGUAUCAAUGUAAAGGAUCAAAGGACAAGUCAAAACCACUGCAACUGUAUUAUAGAAUGUGUCAGAACUGCAUUGAACUAAAUGCAGCCACCAUAUCUGGCUUUGUCUUUGCUGAAAUCGUCAGCAUUUUCUUCCUUGCUGUUGGGGUCUACUUCAUUGCUGGACAGGAUGGAGUUCGCCAGUCAAGAGCUUCAGACAAACAGACUCUGUUGCCCAAUGACCAGCUCUACCAGCCCCUCAAGGAUCGAGAAGAUGACCAGUACAGCCACCUUCAAGGAAACCAACUGAGGAGGAAUUGAGCUCAGGACUCAGAGUGGGUGGGUUCUUCUUCUAUCCAGUUCUCAGAAUGAAAGCAAUACAUUUUGGAAAGCUCCAAGCAGAGAGACUUUCAACCCUAAAUCUAGACUCAAGAUUCCCAGAGGUGACAAAUGGAGAAGAAAGGCCAUCAGAGCAAAUUUGGGGUAUUCACAAAUAAAAUAAAAAUAAAAACAAGUAUGGUGUUUCAGAAGCGCCACCUAUUGGGGAAAAUUGUAAAAGAAAAAUGAAAAGAUCAAGUAACCCCCUC